UUGGGUUCAAAUAGAGGCGGCGGGUGAAUGUGGCGUUUUCGACUUGGUCAGAUAAGUGGUCUAAUUUAAGAUGUGGAGAGUGAAAACACUGAAUCUCGGCUUGUCGCCUUCGCCCCAAUCGGGGAAACCAGCUAUGAGAACUCCUCUCCGAGAGCUUAAACUACAGCCCGAGGCCCUCGCCGAUUCAGGGAAAGGUCCUAUGUUCUCCUCGCUGACCCCAUACCUGCGCAGGCUGGAUCUGAAGGAAAGGUGCAACAGCUCAUCUCCAGUGGAUUUUGUUAAUGCAGAGAACUCAUCUCCAGUGGAUUUUGUCAAUACUGAGAACACAUCUCCAGUGGAUUUUGACAAUACUGAGAACAACUUCCUUUCAGAACAGUUCAGCCAUCCUUCAGGGUACAUAGAAGCUUGUCAGCGUGAAUCAGAUCUAACUCCUGAAAGCAGCUCUCCUUUCAACACACUGGAGAAGGCAGUGGAAGCAAUGGAUGACUUUGUGGCAGAACCAAUAGAUGACGGUAUAGUUAAGACCAUGGUUCUUUUACCCUUUUCCUUAGGGCAGCAGCAAGAUCUGAUGCUCCAGGCUCAGUUAGAUACCACAGCAGAGAGAAAUAAAAGCUCUCUAAAAGAACCUUUGGGGCUAGAAGACCUGGUGGAAAAGGAGGAGGCACCUUGUGUGGAAGACAGCUUACCAGAAACUGUUGCUAUCAGGCCUGAGCAACCCACCUCUCAGGACCCUCCAUUAAGAGACAGUAACACUGAAGCUGCACCUGCGGGCUUAGUUCCUUCUGAAAAUGUCUUGGAUUUCACUGUGACUUGUCUCUCUCCCUCAACUGUCUUGACCAAAGAUUUCUCUGUCGAUCAUGUCGAUCGUGGGGAGGAAACUGCAGAGAACAGAGUUAUACAGGAAGUGGGAAAGAGCUUUCUCGCACUCCCUGAGGAGGCUGGAUUGGGAGAUCAGGCACUUGCUGCAAAUGCAGAAGAUGUCUCAUCCUUAUACCUGUCAUCAAGUCUAGUAGAACUGGGACCCCAGGAGGCUCCAGGCCCAACAGCAGAAGAUGCCAGUAGGAUUCCUGACUUGGAGUCAGAGAUUUGGAUGUCCCCAUUGGCCUGGCUAGAAAAAGGUGUGAACACGUCAGUCAUGCUACAAAGUCUCCGCCAGAGUUUACCCUUUUCAUCUGUGCUUCAGGAUGCUGCCGUUGGCAAUACACCCCUCUCCACUUGUUCUGUGGGAACUUCCUUUACUCCUCCAGCGCCACUGGAAGUAGGCACCAAGGACAGUACUUCAGAGACAGAGCGCCUCCUCUUGGGCUGCCGCCCUCCAGAUCUGGCAGCCUUGUCCCGACAUGACUUGGAAGAGAACCUGUUGAACGCCCUUGUCUUGCUGGAAGUUCUUUCUCACCAGCUGCAAACCUGGAAGAGUCAGCUGACUGUCCCGGACCGGCAAGCUCAAGACAGCAGCACACAGACCGACAGCUCUGCAGCUGGGGUCACUAAGACACCUAAACAUCUUCAGGACAGCAAGGAGAUUCGACAGGCUCUACUGCAAGCCAGGAAUGUCAUGCAUUCAUGGGGGCUAAUCUCUAGAGACCUGAUGUCCUUGCUUCACCUGUCCCUGACACAUGUGCAAGAUGACAGAGUGACAGUGAGUCAGGAGUCUCAGCGUGCAGAGACCCUGGUUUCCUCCUGUUCUCGUGUACUGAGGAAAUUGAGGGCAAAGCUCCAGAGCCUCAAAACAGAAUGGGAGGAGGCACGGCACAGGGAGGAAAUGGCCCUUAAAGGCAAGGAUGCGGCAGAAGCAGUACUGGAGGCUUUCCGUGCACACGCUAGCCAGCGCAUCAGCCAACUGGAACAGGGUAUCACAUCUGUGCAGGAAUUCAGAGGCCUGCUACAGGAGGCACAGACCCAACUGAUAGGGCUUCACACAGAGCAAGAAGAGCUGGCUCAGCACACAGUGAGUCUGACUUCUGCCUUGCAGCAGGACUUGACAUCAGUCCAACAGAAUUAUGGGACAUGGGCAGCUUUGCUGAGUCGGUCUCGAGAACUCACCAAGAAACUCACAGCCAAGAGCCGGCAAGCCCUUCAGGAACGUGAUGCUGCAAUUGAGGAAAAGGAGCAGGUUGUGAAGGAAGUGGAACAAGUCUCUGCCCAUUUAGAGGACUGUAAAGGCCAAAUAGAACAACUGAAGUUGGAAAAUAGUCGCCUUACUGCAGAUCUCUCAGCUCAGCUGCAGACUCUGGCUAGCACAGAGAGCGAACUAAAGGAACUACAGAGUCAGCAUUCCCAUUGUGUCCAAGACUUGGCCAUGAAGGAUGAACUGCUGUGUCAACUUACCCAGAGCAACAAGGAACAGGCUGCUCAGUGGCAAAAGGAAGAAACGGAACUGAAACACAGACAAGCAGAACUGCUGCAGCAGAAGGCUGUGUUGGCUAAGGAGGUACAGGACCUGAGGGAGACCAUGGAGUUUGUAGACGAAGAGAGUCAAGUUGCUCACCUGGAGCUGGGCCAGAUCGAGAGUCAGUUGAAAGCCACACUAGAAGUUCUGCGGGAGCGCAGCCUGCAGUGUGAGACCCUCAAGGACACCGUGGAGAGCCUGAGGGCAGAGCUGGCCAGUACCGAAGCAAAGCAUGAGCAACAAGCGCUGGAGAAGACGCACCAGCAUUCUAAAGAGCUGUGUCUAUUGGCGGAGCAGCUACAGAGUCUCACCCUCUUCUUAGAGGCUAAACUAGAGGAGAACAAGGCAGAAUCAGACAUCAUUCUGCCCAGCACAGGCUGUGCUCCAGCCCAGGAACACCCUCCUUCCAGUGAUAGCAGCGUCUCAGAACAGAUCCCGACAGCAGUGGUAGAUGAAGUGCCAGAACCAGCUCCUGUGCCAUUGCUUGGAAGUGUUAAGAGUGCUUUCACCCGCGUAGCCUCAACGGCUCCCUUUCGGCCUACAGAGACCCCAGCCCUGGAGAAGAGCCUGGCAGAAAUGAGUGCUGUGUUACAGGAGCUUCAGCGCCUCUGUGCCCUGCUGCAAGAGUCUAAAGAGGAAGCCGUUGGCGUCCUGCAGAGGGAAAUCUGUGAACUGCACACAAGACUACAGGCCCAAGAAGAAGAGCAUCAGGAAGCCCAAAAGGCAAAGGAAGCAGACAUAGAGAAGUUGAACCAGGCCUUGUGCUUGCGCCACAAGAAUGAGAAGGAACUCCUGGAAGUGAUACAGAAGCAGAACGAAAAGAUCCUGGGGCAGAUAGAUACGAGUGGCCAGCUCAUAAACCUCAGGGAGGAGGUGACCCAGCUUACACGUUUACUUCGGCGGGCAGAGACAGAGACUAAAGUGCUCCAGGAAGCCCUGGAAGGCCAGGUAGAUCCCAGCUGUCAGCUGAUGGCUACUAACUGGAUCCAGGAAAAAGUGUUUCUCUCGCAGGAGGUGAACAAACUGAGGGCUAUGUUCCUGGAGGUGAAAAAUGAGAAGAAACAGCUGAUGGACAAGUAUCUGAGCCACAGGCACAUCCUGGAGGAGAAUCUUCGGCGCUCUGACACAGAGUUAAAGAAACUUGAUGACACAAUUCAGCAUAUCUAUGAGACUCUGUUGUCUAUCCCAGAGGUAGUGAAGAGUUGCAAGGAGCUACAAGGAUUGCUAGAAUUUCUGAGCUAAGAAAGAAGAUACUGGAAGGCAGUGGUGUGUACCUGUAGUCCCAGCUGCUACAGAGGCGGAAGCUGAGGACCGCCUAAUCCCAGGAGGUUGGGACUAACCUAACAUGGACAACACAGCAAAAAACCUGGAAGAUACUUCCACUCCACUCUGGUUUCCUCAGGAUCCCUUAUCCCAAUAAUAAACCAACUGGCAUGGAGCCGACUAUGUUUUAUGCUAUUUAAAUAAAGUGUAUUUAAUGUA